CAUGACUGAAGCUUCCUUAAUACUGCCUGGCAUCACAAAUGUCAAUAUUGUAAACGGCACGUCAGCAUUGCAUCUGCAAGAGUUGGCUCACGUCCCUGACCUCUGUGUGCUGUAUGACCUUGAGAGGCGCAUUGUCUUAUUGUAAUUAACUGAAAACCCCAAUAUGCUCAUUUUUUCCUAACGCUGGUGACACUGAGAUAACGAUGCUCUUAUGAAAAUUCAGCCUUCCUAUAUUGCUGAAUUAAUUCGGCAAUUUAACUCCAAUAUAACCCCAGAGGAAAACGCAAACCGGCCGGUAAUUUUUAAAGGGGGGAAGGGGGUUUCUGAAGGGGAUUGUCGUGGAAACGGUUUCAUUGCUGCUGCUUCUCGGGCUGUUGCUAGGAGGAGUCGCAUCCAAUCCUAAACGGGGUCUUCACUUCGCUUCCAGUUGGGUUUUCAUGGGGGGGGGGGGGUCAGUGAAUGACAUCAUUAAUUCAGCUCCCAUCCCCGUGCACAAGAAAACCGGCGAUCGGUCGCCCGCCGCCUGCGCUCCGCUGCGCGUUUCGGGCGACCUGCCUCCGGCUGGGAUGCGCUCCGUCUCCGUCAGUUUGAAGUGCGCCGCUGUCGGACCGGCCGCGCUUCCUUCAUCGAUCCGGGAUUCUGGGAGGGGCAUCCUGUCCGGCCGGGAAUGGCGGAUAGGGCUGGACAUGCAUCUGGAUAGAGGAUGACAUGGGGGCGCGGCGGAAUGGCACCCAAGAAAUCCGUGUUUAAUCCAAGCAUACGCGUCCUGCUCUUCGUCAUGGAUCUGAAAAAUUUCAUGGUGUCCUGCUUUGAUGAGGAGGCAGAAGAGAUGACUGUCUCCCUUCGAGAGGCCGAAAUGACCACAGCUAAAGUGGGGGCUCAGUCUAAGCUCCACUGCAGCGGUUUAAAUUGGCCCCGCCGGCGCAUCACGGGACCUGCAGACUGUUGCGAUUUGAGUGGAGACGGGUUUCACAGGACACCACGUGCACGUAAUGCAUUAGCGUUUCCCCACGACUGUGUCCCUUGUCAAUUGCAGAUUACAGCCCUCCCACAGGAUCUGGACAUGGAAACAAUCAGUAAGGGGGUGCAGUACCGUGGGGGCCAGUCCAUCCUCUCCGGUCCAAGGUACUGCCCCGGCGUCAACAGUCACGGCGGCUACCUGUGCGAGACAGGACACUGCUGCGGGGAGACUGGCUGCUGCACCUACUACUAUGAGCUCUGGUGGUUCUGGCUCCUCUGGACCGUGCUGAUCCUGUUCAGCUGCUGCUGCGCCUACCGGCACCGACGGGCCAAGCUGCGGAUCCAGCAGCAGCAGCGGCAGAGGGAGAUCAACCUCAUCGCCUACCACGGUGCCUGUAACUACCCGGCAUCCAUGCUGGACCUCAGUUUCCUGGCCUCCUUCAAGCUCCCAUCCUAUGAGGAGGUGGCAGCCCGGCCCAACACCCCUCCUCCACCAUACAACACGGUGUUUGCCCUGCAGGGGGCAGCGGCGCAGUAUGCCCACGCGGGCCCCAGCGGCAUGGCCUCCUCCCACAGCUCCGACAACUACACCAGCUGCUCCUGCGAGUCCUGCUCUGCCUCCUCGCCCUGCAGCACCUCCUUCUCCGUCCAGGUCACUGAUGAGACGGACACCAGCAACGCCACCACGCCCAGCGAGGUGGGCGACCCCUGCCCUCUGGCCACUGAUGCGGGCUCCUCCUCCACAUCACUGCCCCCGCCCACCCUAUCCGACCCCUUGGGUGUAUUGGUGGAGCAGGAGGAGGACGGAGGCCUUGUAGAGGAGCCCCCUGAGGAACAGCCCUCCCCCAAACCUGCCCAGUCCCCACCCAGACAUGCCCUCUUCUCCCCGAAUGUGGAUUUCUUUGAACCGGACGGGCGUGCCUCUGAGGCAGAUGUGGAGGAGGACGAGGAAGAGGCUGAGGAGGCAGACGAAGGCCACUUCCGGCACCGGCGGCUGACGGGCGACUCAGGCAUCGAGGUGUGCCGCUGUCAGGUGGACAGCGAGGAUGAGGAGGAGGAGCAAGGGCACCAGCUUGCCGGGGGCAAGGAGGUGGGGGAGCGCGAGGAGGCUGAGGGUCAGGAGGAGCCCGGCUUACUUCACGACAGCGUGGACUGCUCUGCCCGGCCUCUGGCACCGGCGCCACCUGCUGACGACUGCACCGGUCUGUGCGGCUCCACCUCCUUUCUCCACAGGGGUGGAGAUUCUGUUGUUGUCAUGGAAACUGUGUGAGGGGCCUGAUGUGUGCCAGCAAUGGAACUAGACAGGAGCUAAUAGCGUGUGGGAGUAAUGACUGUGUGCAGCGGGAGGCAACAGAGGAGGUGGCAUCAGACCCCCCAGUCCUGCCACCAGGUGGCGCUCAGGGGGGGGGUGUCACGGAGCCUGGCUGUGUGCAACCCGACCCUCUCUACCACGCACAUGAAAAGGAGUAGGCAAACAAGAGCAUCCAGUAUCUAGAAGUUUCUAGAAGCAGAGGCAGGGGGCGUCCCCUGCUGAUUGGUCUGUUUGCGGCGGUGUAGUAAUGGUGUUUCAGGGGGAGUAGCUCUCCGCACAUCCGCAACCAUAUGCUAAUGUGUUGAAAUUAAGCGUGAUGGAGGCACGGCUGUGCUCACGGCGCCCCCUGCUGGAUCCGCCCCACCCCAGUGUGCUCAUUUAGCCUCUCCUUCUGUCUCUAAACCUGAAUGUCAGUAGGUCGAUCCAAAACUCAUUUCUGGUUCUGGGGACAAGGAAGGAGCCGGUUUGUCUUCUAAACCAGCCUGCUGUCCCCUAAAUGCUCCUGGCCCACGGGCCGGACCGACCACUGUCAUGGCCGACCUUUCAUGCUGCUUUAGACUUGUCCAUUCAGAUGCAAUAAUUACACUAAUGAGGACGGCGUUAAACCCCGUGAUGUGAUAAUGGUGGCGCUAAGCCAGUAAUCCUUUCUCGUACAGUGUUGGACAUUAUGGUUGGGCGCUUCAGACAUGCUAAAUGACACCAAAGUGGUUUCAAUCUGCUAGAACUCUUGGAUUCCAGUUUAACCAGUGGCAAAGCUGCUCCUUGAAUUCUGGUGAUGGGAUUCCUAACCAGCUAUAUAUACAAAACAAGUAUUUAAAUACAUAUAUGUAUACGAACUGCUGUGAAAUGUGUUAUGGCAUCUGAACAAUGCCCUCUGCAAUAUGUAUUAUCGCAGCCCUCUCAGUAGAGGGCACUGUUCUGCUUGUUAAUGCCGCAGAAACCUGUGGCUGUCCUUGUACAGGCUACUGCUAACCCUUACUGCUGAUGUUGAAUGUAAUUUGCCUCCAUCGUGUCAAACACAAUGUCAGCCUGACCUGGUCCUUCCCUUGGGCCGGGGCAGCUAUAUUUCUGGCCUCAGUGCCUCCACACUUUGUAUGUUGUACCUCCCUGACCCGGCACCGAUUCCUUUGGCCACCUCGGUGAGAGACGUUGGCCUGUCAUGAAAAAACCUCAAGAAAAAAGCCUCACUGAGGGGGAACGUAACUACUAUAGAACACAUUCUGGGUGGGCGGGAGGAAGCAUGGUACUCAUGGGUACUCGUGGGUACUCAUGGGUACUCGUGGGUACUCGUGGGUACUCGUGGGUACUCGUGGGUACUUGUGGUGAUGUAGAGGUGAAUUUACAAGAGUACCUUUUGAGGCAUCAUAUUUAUUUCUGUUUAAUGUUUCUUUUUUUGUAAUGGUUUGAGGAUAUGAAUGUUGAGCAAAAAGCAGCCAGUCACAAGCGGACCUGGUGUGUGACGUCUCGCGUAUUUAAGGCCCAGCUCAACCUGGAGUGGAUCCCAUGCAGUGCCAUUGGGUUCAUCAUGACACGUUCGGCUAGAUGUUGUACUCCUUCUUCCUGAUGAUCCAGCAUGGCGUAGAGGGUGGGGGUACGGCCCGUCCAGACUGAUAUUUGUGGCUGCCGUAGACCUGCUGUUCCUCUUUGGGAAGAGGUAUCCUACCAUCCCCAUUCUCACCCAGUGUACCUGGUCUUGCAAUUCACCUAGUAACUCUCGAUGGACUGUAAUUUGUCAUCCAUUAUCAGCUGCUGGCCGGUUUGAAGUGAGAAUGUAGGGGGGUUUUGUAAGUAUAAAGUCAGUACCAUUGUAACUUUAACUUUUUUCCGCAAACAUGUACAACUAUAGCUAAAGAUAGAAAGAAAAAAAAUAGACCUGUAUGGACCUGGGGGGGAGGGUUAGGAGAGGUUCCACAAAGCAGGAUUUCUCAGUCAACUGGAUAAUUUAAGCCAAACGUGAAAACUGUCCAAUAGGAAGACAGGUAAGUGAGAUUCCUAUUGGACAAUCCUUACAUUUGUCUUAUAUGGCUAAUGAUGAAAUCCUGCUUUGUGGAAUACCCCCCCCACCCCUUAUCGAAUAUAAUAAAUAAAUCACAUAUUAUAUCAUAGGCUGUCUAUGAGCUUGCAUUGUGUAUGCAGUGGGGAUGGAUGGAUGAUGGAUGGAUGGAUGGAUGGAUGGAAAUUAUAAAUCAGUCAAAUUUAUAAAUCAAUUCACGGAAUAUCCCAGUAUGACUGUCAGACGAUAUAGCCCAUAAUAACAUGCUUUAUAUGAAUAAGUACCAGCUUAUCGUGAUAAUAUGGUUAAUGAUAUGCUGCCUUCCAAGUCCGAACAGAAAAACCUGCAUUCAACCAAGCUGCGCCCUCAUUACUUCAGAUGGCAUAUGAACGUAAGAAACGCAUGAAGGACCCAUGGCGUCUGUCCCGACGCUGCCUUGGCGUUAAACGCUUUGUCAUUAACUUGCGUCAGUGUCACAUGGGCCGGUGCACAUGUCCCAUAAGUCGGACCAUGAUCCAGCCGUCUGUGGAACUUCCUGAUGCGAUGUCGGCAUGGGGGGGGUCUGUACGUAGUAUUUAUUCAGACCCCUCCCAGAAUGUCCUUGGUGAGGAAUGUAAUUACAGUCACUGUAAAGCAAUUUAUAUUUAAAGAGGAUUUUAAAGCACUUGUGACUUGAAGUGUAAACUGUAUGUAGCUAUGAAGUAACUGUUGCCUUUUUCAAAUUGGACGUGAAGGUGACGUGAAUGUGUUUGGUGCCUGUACAGUCUCCAGUUCCAAUUUGUACCUUCUCACUGGGGCUGUAACCUUUUACGGUACAGAAGUGGACUCUGGGGAACAUUUUUUGUAGCAUUGAUGGUACAUUAGUGCUGUUUAUACCUUGGUGAUGUUUCUCAGAGUCCACUUCUGUACCUUAAAGGGUACAUUUACCUACAGCUAAUGGUAGAGUUAGCAGACCCCUGAGGGUACAGUCCCAGUGACAAGCAAAGGUACAAACUGGUGACCCUUUUUCUGACAGUGCACCUGUAGACCUGCAGCUGUUUUGCUGAACAUCUGUUUCCGAGGUCCAACACUAACAACGUCAAGGCUAGACCAGAUCACUUUGUCUUGUGGAUGCCAUUCCAAGCCUUAGUAUUCUUCCGCCCGUUCGUGGAUUUAUUAGUGGUGGAUCAGGGUAUUGCAGUUGGGGAAAGUUCCGUGUGAAGGCCGCAAGUGUCACGUGACGGCAGGGUGGUGAGAUCACUCUGACAGCUCAUCGGCCGCCCACUGCCGCUCACUGAGGCGUGGAGUGGUGAGGUCAACCCGCGGAGCCGAGUGAUGUAACUCCGACGCGUCAUUGGCCAGCCAGCUGUCACUCAAAGCGAAGUGGAACCCAAUGACCAAUGAUGUGCAAGAUGCUGCCAAUGGAGGUAUGAAGUCAAAUUGGGGCCUGAAGUCUCAGUCUUAGUGCUGAAGAAGCUUCCAGCCGUUCGUUUUGCCAUGAUACUUAUUUCAGACACACUGCAAAGAGGUGAUUCAGAUUAAAUGUUUUUUCUUUAAAUUAUCUGUUUCUUUGUUUUGUCCUUCCUACCAUUUCAAAGUUGUGCCGAAUUAUAUCAUUUCUGUUUAGGCCUAAUCCGAACAUAAAAAGUUACUGUCAUAAUUGUGGCUUAUAAUUAUGCCACAGUACAGUAACUUUUUAAAUAACCCCAUUACUGUGUAAUUAAAAGACAUCAUCAUAUCUGUAUCAUUCAUCUUAAUUGAUAACGCAAGUCUUUAAAAUGCACAUGACUGGAGGAUGAACGGAAGGAGCAGAGCUGUUGUAAUGGGGAGCUGCAUUAUAAAUUUUAUGCUGUGAAUUUCCAAUAUGUCUACUUACUGUUAAAUACCAGCAUUCAGCAUUUUAUUCUUGAACUGAAUUUUGUCAAUGCGAAACUACACACCGUUCAGCGAGUGGCUGUCAGCUGCUUGGAGGACAACUGAGGGGAACCUCACCCUGGGCGCGAGGAACAGUGCGUUGGUCCAGCCCGUAUCACGGAAGUCCGUGCAGAGGCCCAGAAUGCGUCCUCAGACUGUCAUCCUGCGCUGUGGCCAUGCUCCGUGUGUCGUGUCUAUCACAGAAUCUUUAUAAUCUAUAUUUUUAAAUACUUCAUGUUCUGAGAAGCUACAAUCUGUCAAAUGAGUAUCUGCGGAGCAUUAUGUUUGAUGCACAACCAUCACAUUUCAGCCUAAAUGUUUCUCCCCAACGCCACAUUUCUCGGGACACCUCCAGGGCCUUUGAGAUGCAGCAACCCUGAAAGGCAUUCAGGCUAUUCCGUGGAGAUGGUCCUCUGAUGCCGCACGCUUACCCCCCGACGUAUGAUGCAUGCAAAACAUCGGCUGUGCGACACUCUUAAUUUGUAAGCUUGUCGAGUCGUGAAGCAGACGCCAUGUGUUUAAUGUGGGGACAACAAAAAUUUUAAAAGUGAUAUCCUGCCUGGGCUGCAGCCAAACAUCCAUCAUACGCAUAUUAGAAUUAUGCUCGGUGAUCCAACAUGCUUGUCAGUCAAGCAGAGGGAUAUGUUGGUCUUACUAUUCAAUUAUAACUUUUUAUAUUUACUGAACUGUUAAAUAUGACUGUUUCCCUGUCCAUAACCUGAUGUAAGGUGUGUCCUUCAUUAUCCUUAAGCUUUGUUAAUUUUUGAGGUCUGAGCAUUGAAGAUGUUUCUCCUGUCAUACGGCUCACUUUCAUUGUUACCGUUUUAAGUCGCUCCUCUCUCGAACUUCUCAGUAUUGUUCAUAAACAGCCCCGUAAACUUGUGUGAAAAUAAACGUCUCGAUGCGUCGUCUGUCGUCUGCUUUCCCCCAGAACACUUGUAUUCAGGACAGGCGUUUCAUCGACCCUACAAGUCCACUGAUCACUGGAGACGUCCACAUUCUCCACGCCGGGUCGUGUGGAUAGACGUUUCUAUGACACGGUCAACUGGGCAUCUAGUGCGCACUUGUGCAUUAACUGUGACUCGCCUCCUGCUUGUGCUCCACUUCUAUACACUCGUUUAGGGAAAUAGGUUACAAGGGGAUGCUCACUUUGCAGAAACCACCUGUGUAUCGGCAUCGGUGAAGUGUGUUGGUUAAGUUUGAUUACUGCUGUCUAAAACAGUGCACAGUGGGGGGAGGCUGAAGGAGUUAAAUUUCAAGCUUUAAGGCUGUGCAGACUCAGCAGGGCUGGGGCACAGCUGGGGGCAGCUCUGCUGUCAAAUAUAAACUCCGUAUCGCCCUACUCACUCAUGCAGUUUCAAGGUGGAAAUGCAUUAAAAAGCUUCUCAUUCGCCUUGUCGUUUUCAGACUUUUUGGCUUAUAAUCCCACGCUUUCUCACUUAAGGUAUGUCCGAUGAUAAUUUUUGUCUCCCAUUAGGUCUAUUUGAUAUCUUCACCCUCUCCUCCUGUUGACUACAUUUCCAGUUUAAUUCUGUUUAUUUUUUGUAGUUUCCUUACUUGAUUUAUCCCAAAAGAAGACGACCUUCAAAAUCUGAGUGAAAUCUGCCCUUGCCAUACAACAACAACAACACUUUGUAAUCAUGGAAAAUGUUUGAAUAAAAACCCCAAACAUACUCAAACUGUAAUGCAUAGGCAUUUAUGAAUUUAUGAUUUUAAGUAAAAUAAAAACAGCGGAGCGAAGUACGCAUUUUAUCUUCCACACAUGGGUGCCAGCUGGUCUAAUAAACCUACAGUAAAGUGUGCACCACGUUAGAUGUGUAAUCCUCAAGCAUGAGAAGCUAUAGCGAUUAAUAACAGUGCAUAAAAUAACUUCCUUUCACCGUUGUUUGAUAUUAGUAUGUUGUGUAUCCGUAUUAUAUGUCCGUGUUUUUUUACAUCACGUAAUAAAAAGUACUGUGUCAUUGA